CGCGCUGUAAAGGAAGGAGCUGGUUCGGUUUAACCGUUGCUGACGUUUUAUUGUGGGGUUUUACAUUUGAUUUAGUUGUCGGAAACGACCCAUGUGAGAUAUUAAAAGGGGUUUAACGAUGAAACGGGCACAUGUGCAUGUGGUGUUGCACAUUUUAUUGAUCGCCGGCGUGCUGGUGAGCGCGAUUGAACCGAUCACCACAGCAUUUGUCGUGGGUAGUGCGGCUGUGGGAACGUAUAAGUACUUCUCCAAGUAUUUUGUAGAGAGUUGCGACUCGAGAUGGAUUUCUUUCAAUGCAACAGGUCUACAGACCGACCUGGAAAACAAACUAUUUGGGCAGCACAUUGCAUCAGACAUCAUUUUCAAAGCCGUGAAGGGAUUCAUGAGCAACGAGAACCCGAACAAGCCCCUGGUGCUCUCUCUGCACGGAUGGACUGGCACAGGGAAGAACUUUGUUAGCAAGCUUAUCGCGGAUAACAUUUACAAGGAGGGAAUGGACAGCAAGUAUGUCCAUAUGUUCACAUCCACGCUUCACUUCCCACAUCCCAGUCAAAAUGCCCUUUACAAGGCUCAGUUACAGAAGUGGAUCAAAGGCAACGUCAGUAACUGUGAACGCUCCAUGUUCAUCUUUGACGAGAUGGACAAGAUGCAGCCCGGUUUGAUUGACAGCAUAAAGCCGUACCUGGACUACUAUGUCAAGUUGGAUGGAGUUUCUUAUCGGAAAUCAAUCUUCAUCUUCCUCAGCAACGCUGGAGGGGACAGCAUCAUACAGACGGCUCUAGAUUUCUGGAAAGCAGGACGAGACCGGGAGGAGAUCAAGCUCAGAGACCUGGAAACAUCACUGUCUCUCUCCGUCUUCAACAACAAAGAAAGUGGAUUUUUUCGCACCAGUUUGAUUGAUAAGCACAUGGUGGACUUCUUUGUCCCGUUCCUGCCUCUGGAGUACAAGCACAUCGUCCAGUGCACCAUGGCCGAGAUGAGGAACAGAGAUCGUAAACCGGACCAAGACGUGGCGGACAUGGUUGCCAGAGAUUUAGUGUAUUUCCCCAAAUCGGAGAGAGUUUUCUCUGUCAAAGGCUGCAAGACGAUAGAGACCAAACUGGAUUACUACACAUAAUCAAACAGACACAGUUAGGCACUAAAUGACUUUUGAAACAAAAAACUCUCACAGCCAAAUGACUAAAGAGAGGAAGUUGAGCUCACUGAAGCUGACUGUGUGGGUCUUUGUCUGCCCUUGUGGCCAUGGAGAUGACACUUUUUCCGAUGGUGCAUCGCACUUACACUGAAUGAAGGAGCCGAUGGAGAGCUUGGCACCAGCAGAAAGUAAAUUUUAAAUGAUUGAAAUGCGAACCGUAGUAACCUUUUAAGAAGCUUUAAUGUCUGCUUAUGUCUGACUUUUUUCUUGAAGACCAAAGGUGUCCUAUCAGUGAAACAGUAACCUUUGGGGAUUUUUCUUCAAACUUGUUGAAUCCUGGAAAGAUCUGCCUUAAUUUUUCUUAUCACAGUUUUGUAUUAACUGUUUUUUUUUUUGGUUUUUUUUUUUACGAUAAACCCACCAUCCGAAUAAUUUCAUUCGGUCAUAAAACUUAAAUAAUUUCAUUCGGUCAUAAAACUUAAAUCCACUGGCACAGCAGAAUCUAAUCUGGUUUCUACCAAACACCGGACAUAAAUGUUAUAGAAGAGUAAAAUCUCAAAUGUUUGUUUGGAUAGUUACAUUUCAGAAUGUAAACUUGACUGAUUGUGUUUUAAAACAUCACUGGAGCUGCAUGAACUACACAUCGGGGGGGGCGGGGGGAUUUCAUUCAUAAAAACGUAAUUUCUUUUACUGUACUGAAGGUGUUUUAACUAAUUUUGUAAAAUUACUUUGGAAGUAAAAAUGAUUGACCCUCAUCACCAAAAUAA